AUUUAAUAUGAGAAGGUAAUACCUUAGAUUAUUUUUCACUAUGGGCACAUCAUAAAAAUUCCCCCAUACAAUGAGAAUUCCAUAUUAUUUAUUUUGUUAAGCCACAAAAGCAGAUGAUUAUCGAGCAAUUUUAUUUUAAUUAAGCUAAAUACACUAAAGAAAACAAUCAGAUCAUAAAUGUAAAUGAAUGAUUAAAUUUCAAAGAGGUAUCAAGAUUAAUACAACAGUUGAAGCCAUAUUUACCUUAAUUUGAAAAUAAAGAAAUAAGAGAAUUGGUGUCUAUAACAUUAACUUAAUCAAUAAGUGAUGAAAAUUAUGCAUAAAAAGUAUUCGAUAGAACAACCUAAUUAUAUUUAGAAUAGUAAUAAUUAUAAUAUAAUAAUUAGGUAAGCUACAUUGACAGAAACUCUAGAUAUAUUAUCUUUAUUGGUACCUGGAACUUACUCAAAAUAAUUUUAUUAAUAAUUAUUCAAUUUUGUUGCAGCAGUAUCAUAAGCUCCUGAAUUAACUCCUACUUAAAUUGGAUUGUCUAUGUUUAUCUAUGGUUAAGUUUCAUAGUACACAAAAUGUAAUAAUAAGGAAGUAGAAAAUUCAUUAAUUUUAAAUUUCAAAUAAUAUAUAGAUCAUUUUAAGUCAAUUGAUUUAAAAAAUUUUGCUUUUGGAUUGUUAUUGGCUAGAAUUAAAAGAAAAGAUAUUUAUGAGAUUUUAGAAAAACAAAGUUUGGUUACAGAGAUGCAAUUUGAAGAUUUAAUUAGGUUUAAUUAAUUGUAUAUAAUUAUUUUAGAGUUGGAACAGGAAUAGCAUUAUUUGGAAAUGGAUCUCCUGAAUUUUGGAAAUUAUUAGAAGAAUAAGCAAUAAAUAAUAUCCCAACAACAAAUCCUUAAAAUAUAACAACCUUAUUUAUGUUGUAUAAAUAAUUAGGACAUGGAACAGCUGAAAUUUUUAAACUUUUAGAAUCAAUAUUUAUUUAAAGAUAUGAUUAAUUUAACAACCUUUAAAAAUUACAGAUGUUUUCAAGCUUUGCUAAAAUUAGAUAUCCAUCAUCUGCUAUUUUUAAGCUUUUUUUCAAAGACAUCGUUGGAAUAAUUUAAAGUGUUAAUAUUACAGCUGUUUAAAUGUUGAUAUUUGAUUGUUAAAAAGUAAAGAUAUAAUCUAUUUAAUUUAGAUAUUCCCAUAGUUCCCUAAGCAAGUUUAAUAAUACUUUAUUAAUUUCAUAUUGAAACAUUAUUAAAAGUUUAACCCAACAAUAAAGUCAAAAUUAUAUGAUUCAUUUUAAGAAUAAAAAUUAUUGACAGAGGAAUUAGAAGUUGCAUUAUUAAAAAAAAAAUGA